UACUUGAUCGCGGAAUUGUGUAUUCGCGCAUGAUCAGACGGAAUAUAAAUUUCUCCGUGUCAGAAAAAUUCCUUCACUGUGUGUAUGCCUUAAACGAUACUGUUAUCUGUGAAAGCGUCGUGAACGUAAACAAACUAUUUCACACGUUAUUUUUAACGUUACGCGUUAUUUUCGUUUUGCUUAUCGUCGACUCACUACAGUUAGCAUGACUACCGCCGAGGUUUGUUUUCGUGUGACCAGACGGUCCGCUGUGCUCGCAAUUAUGUGUCGUCGUCUGCACGGCUGUAUUUACUUAACGUGGUUAAAUACUCGUUUGUCGUAAAGCUUUCUCAUAGAUUUCGGUAAUACAGAAAUGCGAGCUACCGAUCAUACGCAUUGUGCCGCGACCAAGUUUUAUUUACAUGCAGACUAAGUUGACGAGCAUAAACAUGGCCGUCGUGCUUUGUGAUGAUUAUUCGUGCCAGUUUGAAUUCAAGGAAGUCCUGCGAGAAUGGAAAUAAUGGAUGGAACGCAUGCACCCGAGAUAUCCAGGCUGUUGUCUGGGUGAGCAAUGAAUGUAUUCCGAAUUUUGACACCGUGUGUAUUGCAACGUAGACGACCAAAGGAGGUUGAUAAUUCCGAUAAAAGGGAUUGCUGGUUCGUGAAAAGACGGCGUGGAGAUGCUUCCUAUAUGAUACAUAGAAUGGGUGCUUCUGCAUCGUCAAGCAUCACCAGUGUAGGUGGAGAUUCGGUCCAAGCAGCUAGACUUUCAUCCUCUGGUAAUCCACCUGAUCAGCAUGGCAUUGCUAUCAGGGAAAAGAAGAAGAAAAUGACGGGGUUCGCAACGUUACGCAAGAAAUUCAUUCGAAGACGUCGGUCUUCAAAGGCUUGCGACCAUGGUAGGAUAAUCCGAGAUUUGGUCUCAACAUGGAGCCAUUUAGAAGCAACGGCGCUUUUGGAGGAGUACGAGGCGCUGGCUGCAUUAAAGGAUCUCCAUGUCCAAGCCGAAUUAGCUAGACCACCGGCUGCCACAUACAAACAGGAUUUGUCGAUGUUGUACGACUAUAAACAUUGUUCUGAUGUGGAUCUCGUCUACCGAGGAGCUUGCUUCCCCGUUCAUAGAGCCCUACUGUCAGCCCGUUGCCCUUAUUUCAGGGAUUUGUUGGCUGGAUGUCCGGGAUACGGUGCUAGGAUAUGCUUGGAGUUGAGAACACCGAAUCUCGAAGUACAAAUGUUUUCAGCAUUGUUGCGAUAUCUCUACACUGGUGAUAUUUGUCCACACGAUGCAGCCUUGGAGGCGAAUCUCUUACGACGACUGAGCGAAGAAUUCGGCACACCGAAUCCGCUGGAACACGAUCUCAGAUACCUGCUCGACACCGGUGAUUACGCGGACGCCGCAUUAGUGUUCACGUCAGACAGUGAUUACCAGAGACCAGAUAGUGGAAGUUCAGAAUAUGGAUUCCGGCCAAAGUUAGAACUGCCAUGUCAUAAAGCGAUACUUUCUGCGAGAUCCCCGUUCUUCAGAAACUUAAUACAAAGACGGACUAGAUCUGGGGAAGAUCACACAGAAAGAGCGCUUCAUAUACCCACUAGAAUAGUUUUGGAUGAGAGUGUAAUACCCAAACGAUACGCCAGAGUAUUGUUACAUGCAGUGUAUUUAGAUACCGUUGAUUUAUCGUUAAUUAUGAGAGGUAAUGGUUGCGGGAACAGCGCUGGUAGUCUUGGAGAGGUUCAGGCCCUUACUCAUACUGGACGUGUUCGACCAAGCCCUUUAGAAGAAGCAAUGGAAUUGUACCAAAUUGGCCGAUUUUUGGAGCUAGAUAUAUUGUCACAGGGUUGUGAAGAUCUUAUUUUAGAAUACCUUACAUUGGAGUCACUUCCAACCGUUUUAAAGUGGGGUAGUCAACCUCACGGAUCGGCAUGGGUACACAGACAAGCGUUACAUUAUUUAAGAGAGGAAUUUCAGCCGGUUGCUUCUUCUUCAAUUCUUCAUCAAUUGGAUCAUGCACAUUUGGCGACCGUUUUGCAAAGCCAUUUCUUGCAAGCGAGUGAACUUGAAAUACUGCAGGCGGUACUCAAGUGGGGGGAACAAGAAUUGGUGCGUCGUAUGGAAGAUCGGGAACCAAAUUUGCUUAGUCACACAGUGCACUCUGUAACCAGAAAAGGAUUGAAGAAAAGGGAUUUAAGCGAUAUAGAAUUGCGAGAGAUACUUAGUGAACUUUUGCCCCUUGUUAGAAUGGACCAUAUAUUACCCCCAAACAGCGAAGCUCUGGCUCAAGCUAUUAGAAGAGGAUUAGUUUCUACUCCACCGAGUCAUAUGAUAGGGGACGAGAGAGAGAAUUUGCGGAUGAAUGCAUGGAUACGAGGGGGAAAGAAAAAUGGAUUUUUUGUAAGGCCACGCCUGUUCAUGCCUUAUUACGAGGAAAUAAAGUCUUUAGUUGAGGAACAAAUGGUCCAAGAAGCAGAUUUAGUGAGAUUACGAAGGCCACGAUAUGUGGCUGAUAUUCCCGAUGCCUUGUACAUGGUUGAUGAGAAACCAAGACCAAUGGGUACAGCUGGCGUAGAUGUUCUAGCUGCAGCGUUCCCAGUUCCAGAUUCCGCGACUUUGGCAGCUAUGAUGAAGCGAGAGCAGAAAUUGAGGCAGUCCCCCAGUUGUCAAAGGGCUAUCAGCUUGCCGCUCUCAUCACGACACGAAAUUAAUAGACAAGUGCGACUACGUGUUGUAAGAGAGUUCAACUUACCUGAUACGGUGGCAGAUCUGCUGGAAAACACAGCCGCGUACAAUGUGAAGGAGCAAAACGAGAGGCUGACUGAUAUCGAGGACAUGGAUUCUCCGGGUAUGGGGAUCAACGCCAGAACGGUCCCGCCAUUGUGUUACGGAAGAAACAUGACAUUCCCGCGGCCAGCCUCUUCUUGUACCCACAGACACGAGCUUCCAGCUAUAGUCACCGAGGGUGAAAGCUGUAGACUCCUCGCGGAGCAACAAGAGAACAAUUCCUGUAGCGAUGGACAACUGUCGGGCGUGAUGCCAGAUGUAGCGAUGGCGACAGCCUCCUUUGGAGCUCUGCAGUUGAUAGAAGAGCAGGAACUGGAGCUGGACCUAGGUGAUGGAACUUCACACCUCCUGCAGCACGUAUCACCAUCGAAUGGAACGAUGGGCUCAUCACACAGGUCAUCGCUCCCUCAUCCCCAUCAGAGGCACUACAAUGGUCCGCCUCCUCCACCGUACAUGUACCACCGAGCUGGCACUGCCUUACCAAGAUUUAUUUAAGAUUUCUACAAGAUAAGAAGGACUGUAUGGCAACUAUAACACCCUUCAUUGGGGCGUUCAUUUCAUGAACGAAAUCGGAAUCACUAGGUGUACUCUUCAUGUACUGCCAAGUUUCUUUUCUCAGCAGUUAGUUUAGCAAAAAAAUCCCUUUGUUGGUCUCGCGACGAUCCUAAUGAGAUUCGAUGAGCUUAAGAGGCAGGAUAUUUUGAUUAAGUGUCGCAAUUUUCCGUGACUGUACAGUUUGUUCCUGAGGAAGUAAUUGCGGACACGUGUCUUUCGUGGACCAUCCUGUACAGUCGCUAAAAAUACGCAUCAACAUAGAAUAUUCUAAAGCAGUUUGUCGAAAUUUCAUUUACGAUUGUCGAUACCAAUCUCGGGAUCUUUUUGCCAGCUAGAAACUUUCAUAUAAAUCCUAGAAGUAUUUUAUACUUCAGCCAAUUCGAGCUGACGCGUUUCCUGUGCGGAGUGUUUGUUUUGAUUACUUUGUAAAAGAACGCCUAAAAGGUGGACACCUUGCGCAGGCCACGCGUCAGAUAUUUGUACGAAAUUAUUCUCACAGACAACGAUUGACUCGUUGCAAUUAAUUGGUAGAACUUCUGCCGAGGAUUCUGUGAUACACGAAGACGUACUUCUUGUGGUUCUUGUCGUGGCAAAGAUUACGCGCAGCGUGUCGAUGAAACUUCGUUCUUGCGGGUACAAAUUUACUGAUACGACGAAGAAACAAUUAUACGUACUGGUUUAUUUAAGCGCAGCUUAACGAACGUAGAG